AUGGACAGCGGGGUGGCCCUGCCCCAGGUGGGCGCGCGGGGCGUGCACGCGCGGCGGCAGCGCGAGUUCACGCCCGACGAGAAGAAGGACUCGCAGUACUGGGAGAAGCGGCGCAAGAACAACGAGGCGGCCAAGCGCUCGCGGGAGAAGCGGCGACUGCAGGACGCGGCGCUCGAGGGGCGCCUGGCCGCGCUGCUGCGGGAGAACGAGGCGCUGCGGGCCGAGCUGCGCGCCCUGCGCCCGCGCGCGGGACUCGGGGCGCACGGCGGGGGCGCGCGCGCGCGGCCCCUGCACGCGCGCCUCUGGGACCCGCCCUGGCCCGCGGAGCCCGGCGCGGGGGGCGCCGAGCCCCUCUCCCCGCUGCCCGCCGCCUCCCAGGGCUGCCUCUUGAGGGCGGCGUCGUGCCCGCUGGAGGCCGGCGUUCCGGGCUGCUGCAGCUGCCUCCUGGCACACAGGUGGGCGGGCCUGGCCUCCCCCGCCAACGCCCCCCUGCCCGCCCCCCGGAGGCUGGACGUGGCCCUCCCCGCUACUUUCUUCAGCUGCCAGCUCCUGGACGGGCAUGGGGGCCCAGGACCCCAGUUCAGGCCCUGCUGGGGGCUGUGGUCCCCCAUCUCCGCGGGUUGUCCCGCCCCCGGGGCCUCGGAGAUGUUGCUGAGCCCCGCGGCCGACCCCGUGGGGCUGUCCCUCCCCGGAGGGAAGGACCCCGAGGCCCUGGCUCAGCCAUCUCUUCCCCACAAACUGCGCCUCAAGCCCUGCGUCGCGGGCAGAGGGAGCCGAGGGUGGGAGGGGGCGCGGGGCCCCCUCUGAGCGCCGUGCUGUGCAGGGCCAGGCGCCUGGAGGGGCCUCGCUGGGUUGUGGGUUUGUGCGCGUUCGCUUGUCCAGGCCAGACUGUUAGGACACCUGGGAGGGCUGGGCUUCUAUUAGGAUCAUUCUAGAGCGCCUCCUGGCUGAAAAUCUGGGCCUGGGACAGUCUUCAGCCUCUCUGCCACCCAACUAGCUCUUCACACUCCCAAGAGUGA